UACUUUAGAUGUUCUUUUCAGAUAUCAAGAAGGCAUCAAAACAGUUAGGAUGCUGGGAGACUAUUAAGGUAAGAUUAACACCUCUUCCAUUUCAUACAGGGUUGUGACUGUGCUGGCUGUUGCAGUGAGGAUACGGAGCAAAGGACCAACCUGAGCUCACCUUUUUCCAUCUCUGAGAGGAGACACUGUAUAUUUUUCUUCACAUGAGGCUCAAUUUGAAAUAUUUGGAUAAAAUGAGAUGCUUGAGGAAACGAUCAGCAGUAUCAUUCUUAGGAGUGCUUGUCAUUUGCCUGCUGUUCAUGAACUUAUACAUUGAAGAUGGUUAUGUCUUGGAAGGGGACAAGCAAUUAAUCAGAGAAACAGCCACACACCAGCUUAAUUCAGAACGCUACGUUCACACUUUUAAAGACUUGUCAAAUUUCUCAGGAUCUAUAAAUGUUUCCUAUCGCUACUUAGCUGGCACACCUUUGCAAAGGAAAAGGUAUCUUACAAUUGGACUAGCCUCAGUCAAACGGAAAAAGGGGAAUUAUUUGCUCGAGACGAUCAAGUCCAUAUUUGAGCAGUCAAGUUAUGAGGAACUGAAGGAAAUUACGGUGGUGGUUCACCUAGCAGAUUUUGACUCAUCCUGGUGUGAAGGGAUGGUCAAGGAUAUUUCACAGAAAUUUGCCCAUCACAUCAUUGCUGGCAGGUUAAUGGUUAUCCAUGCCCCUGAGGAAUACUAUCCAGUACUAGAUGGCCUUAAGAGAAAUUAUAAUGACCCAGAAGACCGCGUGAAGUUCCGAUCCAAACAAAAUGUAGAUUAUGCUUUUUUGCUUAACUUUUGUGCUAAUCUUUCUGAUUAUUAUGUCAUGCUAGAAGAUGAUGUUCGAUGUUCUAAAAACUUCUUGUCUGCCGUUAAGAAAGUAAUUACCUCGCGAGAAGGUUCCUAUUGGGUGACUCUAGAGUUUUCCAAACUGGGCUAUAUUGGAAAGCUGUACCAUUCCCAUGACCUUCCACGCCUGGCUCAUUUUUUGCUCAUGUUUUACCAGGAAAUGCCUUGUGAUUGGCUGCUGAUCCAUUUCCGUGGGUUGUUAGCUCAGAAGGAUGUAAUCCGUUUUAAACCAUCCCUGUUCCAGCACAUGGGAUACUAUUCAUCCUACAAAGGAGCUGAGAACAAGCUAAAAGAUGAUGACUUUGAAGAGGAUUCAUUUGAUAUCCCUGACAACCCACCUGCAAAUCUUCAUACAAACAUGAAUGUAUUUGAAAGCUAUGAAGCAAGCAAGGCUUACAGCAGCAUUGAUGAGUACUUCUGGGGCAAAGCUCCUUCUACUGGAGAUCUCUAUGUGAUUGUAUUUGAAAAGCCUAUUAAAAUCACUAAAAUUAAAGUUAUCACUGGAACAGAAGACCGACAGAAUGACAUCCUACAUCACGGAGCCCUGGAAGUAGGGGAAAAAAUUGUAGGGAGCAAAAAAGGGAGGCAGUGUACUACUUAUUUGAGACUAGGGGAGUUCAAAAAUGGAAAUUUUGAAAUGACAGAUGUGGAGCACAAAGUUCUCUUUGAUAUUAACUGCAUGAGAAUACUUGUUACCAAAAGUCAAAAGGAAUGGCUGAUCAUUAGGAGCAUUAGCAUUUGGACAUCUCAGCAAUCAAAUCAAUGAGACAAAAUUACUGAUGUCCUCCUUCUUUCAUAGUAGAGUGAAUGCCAUCGGUUGAGUCCUAACUGGUGUCAUUCCCUAAACAGACUGACUGGCUGACUUCCAAUUACUUACUACUGACACUGGAAAUCUGGGACUAUUAUAAAAAACAAGCAAAAGCAAUUUAUUUUUUACUCGUCCACCAGGCAAUAUACAAACACUAGUUUGUUGGAAUGUUUGAAUUUUAUAGGAAAUGUAAACAAGUUCUCAUCCAUCUCUUAAGAUUCAGAUACCUUAUUCUUUUAUUUUCAUUUCUCCUUUGGGAAGAAGUGCUGUACUAAACAAAGCCAAUGCUUUUUCCAUUAUUCAGAAGUUUCGUAGGCUUUGACUAGUAUGUUGUCAAAUGAAAUUUGACUCUAUCGUAUCCACAUAUAAAUUAAUAAUCAGAUGGUAGUACAUGUUUGUACAAUAGUUGGUGCUGUAUUUGUUUGAAAGACACUUGUGAUAAUGAAAGUUUGUUAAUGGAGCUUGCAAUUUCAUUUGAGCACUGUAAGAAAACAGUGUGGUUAAACAUUGCGACUUAUUUUAAAUGAAAAUACAUGUACAAUUAUAAAUCUGACAUAAUAAUACUGUAAAAAUAGAUAACUGCAUCCACUAUCCUGUCUCAGAAAAUAUGCUUUGUUCUUCUCCCAGAGUCCUGGCAUUGAAGUGGGUCACUAGUUGUAUUUUCUGUCAGUUGGGACACAACUCUGCAAUCCUAGUUCAAGCACUUACACAGUCAAAGGGAGUUUUGGUUGAAUAACAACUGCAGGAUCAGCCCCUGAGCUUUAAGGAUAAAAUUAUCCUCUUGGAUUUGUCUGAUUGUAGUUUUUAUCUUUAAUAUUCUUUUCUUCCAGUACAUUCAGCAUUCCCAGUGAUGUCAGUGGGGGGACCUGCACAAAGCUGAACGCUACUGUACAGUCUGGGAGAAAAAAUUUGUACUCAGUGUUUAGAUGUCCAUCUCUUGUCUGAUGCAAAUUAAAGAUCUCUAAGGUUCUGCAGUAGAGGCUUAAGGUGAUAAAUGAUCCUCCCUGCUUGAUGUCUAUGCAAUAGAGCUGUGAGAAACAUUUCAUGCCAUUUGCAAAAACAAGAAUACUGAUUUUGCUGAAUAUGUGGGAAGUAAAUAAUUUGUCAAGUUAGUUUUGAAUUUUUUCAGAUUUUUCAGUGCUGAAUAAAUUUGCUUAGGAGUCAUCUUUUCACAGAUGAUGUGUUGGUACUACAGGUUGGACCUCUCUGAUCCGGCACCCUCGGGACCUGACUGCUCCCGAAUGAGGGGAUUUGCUGAGGGUCCUUCCCCUACUAGUCUGUGCUGCCACUGGGUUAGGGUUCCAGCUUGCCUCCGCUGCUUCCACAGCCCCCCAGGACUAUCUAAAUGCUGCUGACUCUGCUGCUGCUGGGACGGAGCACCAUGGCUGGAGCUCUGCAACCAGGGCUGUGUCCAGACUCAGGGGUUU